AUGGAAGCUUCAAAACCCAUUUCUUCUCCAAUGAUUAGUGGCUGCAAACUAUCAAAAGCUAGCACUGAAGACUUCCUAAAUGCUUCUCUCUACUGUUCAGUAGUUGGCGCAUUACAAUAUGCACAUCACUGGUCCGUUGUUAAAUGUAUUCUUCGCUAUCUAAAAGGCACUACCUCUUGGAGUCUCCAUUUGCAAGAAGCCCCUUCCAACUCCUCUUUAUCCAUUCACGCCUACUGUGAUGUAGACUGGGCAUCUGAUCUUGAUGAUAGGAGAUCUACAUUAGGAGCCUCCAUCUUUCUUGGACCAAAUCUUGUGUCUUGGUGGUCCAAAAAGCAAACUGUUGUAGCUCGUUCUAGCACUGAAGCAGGAUAUAGAAGCCUUGCUCUUGCCAAAACUGAAGUUACUUGGAUACAAACCUUACUCUCUGAACUUAAAGUUCGUCAUUAA